GGCGCUCAGUCUCACAGCUGAUUGCGAAGGGGUUGGUAGUUGUUCAGCUGGUCCGCGAAUUCUUGGCGCAACUUCCUCACAGCACGACAGUUGAAGGCGUGGGAACAUGACGCUGUACAGGAACACCGUGUGGUUCCUGAAGGGCCUGAAGGAGUACACGAGCUCAGGAUAUGCCCGGGCCAGCAGGAGUUUUGUGGAAGGGGACCUGCAGGUGGACUGUGCUGGCCGCCACUACAUGAUAACCGGAGCCAACAGUGGCAUUGGGAAGUGCAUUGCCCUGGAGGUGGCCAGGCGGGGCGGCACCGUGCACCUGGUGUGUCGCAACCCCACUACGGCAGAGGAGGCCAGGAAGGAGAUCAGUGAAGCGUCCAGCAAUGAGAAUAUCUUUGUGCACAUCCUGGACUUGUCAGACUCCAAGGGCGUGCACUCCUUUGCUGCAAAGUUCUCCAGCACCAAUGAGGCGUUGCAUGGCCUGGUGAACAACGCUGGCUGCAUGGUCAACACUCGGGAGCUGAAUGAGGCGGGGCUUGAGAAGAACUUUGCCACCAACACGCUGGGCACCUACAUACUCACCACCCGCCUCCUGCCCCUGCUGGCCAAAACAGAAAAGUCCAGGGUGGUGACAGUCAGCUCAGGAGGGAUGUUGGUGCAGAAGCUGGAUGUGGGUGACUUGCAGUUUGAGAAGAUGAAUCCCUUUGAUGGAACAAUGGCCUAUGCACAGAACAAGAGGCAGCAGGUGGUGAUGACGGAGCAGUGGGCUGCCCAGCACCCAGAGGUGCACUUCUCAGUGAUGCAUCCUGGCUGGGCAGACACUCCUGCUGUGCGCACCUCCAUGCCUGAAUUUCAUGCCAAGAUGAAGGACCGCCUGAGGACACCAGAGCAAGGAGCAGACACUGCAGUGUGGCUGACCAUCUCCCCAGCUGCCCUACAACAACCCUCAGGACUCUUCUUCCAGGAUCGCCAGGCUGUGGCCUCCCACCUGCCACUGGCCUGCACUCGCUCAGACACCAAGGACGGGCAGCAGCUGAUGGCCAUCCUUGAGGAGCUGGCCCAGAAGCACCAAGCCUGAACCUGAGACAGCUGCUUCCGUCACACAGUUCCUACCAAUUGACUCUUUCACUGCUUAGACUGUCCUCUGCUAACAAACUGAGCACAAAAAAGAAUAUCUGCAGCGACACACAAAAAUUAAAAUAGGAACUUAAUUUUAUUUUGUUCAAAAGAAGUGUCUAAAAAGCUAUAGGUAAUUAUGGAAAAAUAUUGUCAUGCAGUGAAAGGGUUGACCAGUUAGUGAAGGAAGCAGCACAAGGUUUUUAUUAUUUAUUUAUUUUUUCAUACAUUUAUUUCAGUAAUGUCUUGCCUUGUUCCUAUCAUCACAGAGCAAGGCGAGUACUGCUGGGGUGUUGAUCUUAUGUUCCCUGAUGUAUUCUGGCUGGGUGCUGGUUUUACUUAUGCAGCUUUAAUUGGUUAGUAAUUGUUGAUGUCUUGUGAUUUGGGACCACUGGUGUACAGGAAGUGUACACCAGAUACUUUACAUUUACAUGUACGCACACCCUGCUUUUUUCUGUGAACUUUAUAAAUGUUUUAUUGGCUCUGGUGUUACAUAUAGAUAAUAUACAUCAAGAUAGCUUUUAAAGACUUGGAAACCUUCAUGAUUUGUCUACAAUCAUUUUCCAUUUCUAAGAGGCCUGAGCAGCCCUGGUACUGGUUCACAAUGUCUUACCAAAAACCUUGGGAUCAGACACUUUUUUGAAUUUUGAGAUUUUUUGGAUUUCGGAGUGGAAGAUUUUUAGCAUCGAUUUUAACAUUUAUUAGAUAACACAUUACAGGGGACUGGAUGGCUCAGUGGUGGAGUGCUUGGUUUCUGGCCACAAGAUCGCAAAUUUGCACCUCGCUCACAGCAGUUACUUGGUAUGAGAGGCAAUGCUCUCUUGUCACCCUGGCAGGGCUACAUGGUCUGAGGUGGCCUAGCUUGGGAAUUCUUGAAUCCCCAGAAUAAACAAUAAAAAAAAAUAAACAUUAAGUAAAACUAAACAAACUGGCUCAAACUAAGCCAAGCACAUAAGAAUGCACAUUUCCCCCUUGCUGUGACCUUGUCAUUUCAUCACUCACUUUAUAAUGGGUCCUGGCAAGCUUAACAGUGAAGAAAAGAAAGUUGUGAUGGCAUUUGUUUGAGAGGGGCUCAGUAAUUAUGAGACUGGAGGGAAGACAGGAAGAUCAGGCAGCCAUCACACAGGUAGUGAAGGCUGCAAUAGCACUGGGAAUAGCUGUCACUCCCAAGAGAAAGGAAGGCAGAUACAAAAAUAUUAAAUGAAUAGGAUGUAUGCCAUGUAAAAAUUGAGUUGCUGCUCCCUCUUUCUCUUGUUCAGAAGAGGCUGUGAGCUGCAAGGCAACAGGGAGUGGCAGCUGUUCCCAACACUGGUACAGUCUUCACCAUCCAUGUGACAGCUGCCUCCGAUCUUCCUGUCUUCCCUCCAGUAUCACAUAUACCGAGCCUCUUGUAAACAAACUCUAUCACAACACUCAUUUUGUUAUUAAGCUUGCCAGGACCCAUUGUAAUGUAAGAACUAAAUGUGAGUGAUGAAAUGAGAAGGUUGUGGUGAGGGUGAAACUUGCAGGAGAGCACAAAAGAGACAUCUCCCCCAACUGUCAGUGAUUAAAAAACUGAGUGUAUCAUUUUCAGAGCAUGUGAGUUGCCAUAUGUGAUAAUUUAUCACUUUAAUACCUACCAUGACAGUAAACUGAGCAUUGAAGCUUUGGUGUAGGAUCACACUGUCAUGUUUGUUUACACUUCACUUUUUGUGGUAGAACCUUCCCACCAAUUAAUGGAAUUUUCCACUUGUGACGUAUCACGUCAUCAUUCAAAAAAAUUUUAGAUCUUGUAAUUUUGGAUAAAGUAUUCUCAGUGUGUGUUAAAUCACAAAUUAAUAGAAGUAAAGUUUACAGUUUUCCAACUGUUAGAUAACAAAUUUUACUGGUGAAAUUUUUACCAGUGAAAUACAUCUCUAACUCAGGUAUUUACUACUACACAAAUUAGUGCAGAACAUAAAUGAACUAAAUAUGAUACUGUUUAAGAGUAAUGUAUGUUAAGGUACUUUAUGCAAAGCUUCCCUCAAAUGAUGCUGUAUUGUUUUCAUUUCAGUGUGAUGUAUUUUAGAGUAAUGUUACUCAUGUAAUAAUUCUCAUUGUGCCUUGAGUGUUGCUGCUUAAAGGUGGUUUUUACAAAGCAUUAUACAUUUAUAUUAAGAAACAACAUAUAAUAUCAGUUGUGUCUUGUAGCAGCUCAAGAAUGUAUAAUUUUAUUUGUUUUUGUGAAGCUUUAGGCUUUACCCAAGUCCAAGUGAGUAAUUUACAGUAUGUUAUUUUUUUUUACCUCGAUGAGGAGUUCGUGGGAAAGAGAUGAGGCAGACCUUAAAAUUAUAUCGAUAUUUUGUCAUCCUGCUACAAAAGAUGCCUAUAUUUUCAUAAGAUUCAUGUGCUUGUCAGUUUUUUUUUAUAUGAUUGUUGCAUGUGAAAGUCAUGUGACUCAGUGUCUUAUUGGAACACAUGGUGGGUGUGCUCUGUCAGUGGUUAGGUCACGUGGCAGGAGAGGUGAUGUAUACUGCACAGGAAAAUGUGUAAUGCCAUAAAGCUCAACACACUCAUGGGAAAGAAUAGACACAUCCUCACCAUGUAAGUGUACCUCUCGUGUUUUCUGCACAGUGACAAUUUUGCAUCAGCUGUAGGUUACUUUUUCAUUAUUUUAAUACGGUCUUUUAGCAAUGUCAAAAUCACUGUAUGUACCUGUAUACCAUAAAGUAACAGCAUUUUUAA